AAAGUAGAGCUGUCGUACAGCAGAUGGUAGUAUCUCACUGACUGACUUUGUGGAAUAAGAUAUUGCAAGAGACAAAAAUAGUAAUAAAAUAAUGAGGGCAAAUGUGUGAGUUAUAUAUUAAUAAAAUGGAGAUGAUUAACAUGCAAGAUGCUGAUUUUAAUAGUAGAGCAGGUUCAAAACCAGAGGAAGAAGAAGAAGGUGAUAUAGAGGCUGGAAUCACAAGUAUGAUCACAUCAGAACAGGAGCCAUUGCUGCUUCCUCAAUCUCAUCAACAAGAUGCUGAGUUUUCUUCAUUUCUUCUCUUUUAUUUGUAUUUGGGCCAUUUUCUUGCCAGAUGGGGUGCAAGAAUGUGGGAGUUCUCUGUUGGACUAUACAUGAUUGAUGUUUGGCCUGGCUCUUUACUCCUGACUGCUGCUUAUGGCGCGGUUGAAGCAGCUUCUACUGCAUUAUUUGGUCCUCUUGUUGGACAAUGGGUGGACAAACUCACAUAUAAAAAGGUCCUCCAAAAUUGGUUGUUUAUCCGAAGUGUUUCUUUUGUGGUUGCUGGAGGCACAGUUAUUGGAGUCCUAGUCUAUCCAGCGUUGAAGUCAGAUAAUGUUGUGGCAUUCAUUUUACUCAUUAUAUCAAUCAAUAUUUCUGGGGCUGUUGGUGUACUUUCUACUCUUGCCGGAACUAUACUGAUUGAAAGAGAAUGGGUUGUGGUAAUAUCAGAAGGGCAGCCGCCAGAAGUUUUGACGAAUAUGAAUUCGAUUAUCAGGCGAAUUGAUCUAAUUUGCAAGCUGUUUGCCCCUGUGGUGACUGGCUUCAUCAUUAGCUUUGUAUCUCUAAAAGCAUCGGCAGUUUCUAUAACGAUCUGGAAUAUUGUAUCUGUUUGCAUAGAAUAUUGGCUUCUACUGUCUGUCUAUGCCAAAAUACCAGUUUUAAGUGAAAGCGACCAAAAGAGAAGUUCCAGGCUUGCAACAACUAACCUGGAAGAGGGCCCAUCUACUUCUGAAGUCAGGCCUAACUUAAAUAGCUUGGAGCAGUACAAUGCUAAUAGCUUGGGGAAAGUGACAGAGAAAUUUUUCAAUAAUUCUUAUUUUCAAGCUUGGAAAGUAUACUUGAAUCAAGAUGUUGUGCUCCCAGGAGUAGCUCUUGCUUUGUUGUAUUUCACUGUACUGAGCUUUGGUUCUUUGAUGACGGCUACAUUGCAGUGGCAAGGUAUACCAACAUACGUAAUUGGAAUUGCGCGUGGAGUAAGCGCUACGAUCGGGAUAACAGCAACAUUUCUGUACCCUAUCCUGCAGUCUCGCAUUUCGACACUUCGGACAGGACUUUGGUCCAUUUGGUCUCAGUGGGCUUUUCUUCUAGUCUGUGUAGCUUCAAUAUGGGUAAAAGAUAAACUUAAAUCAGCAUAUGUGUUGAUGGGUGGAGUAGCAUUAUCACGCCUUGGACUCUGGAUGUUUGACUUGUCCGUUAUCCAGUUAAUGCAGGAUCAAGUUCAUGAGUCUGAUCGCUGUAUUGUUGGAGGUGUUCAAAACUCCCUUCAGGCUAUGCUGGAUUUGAUGACCUACAUCAUGGGUUUAAUAAUCUCUAAUCCCCAGGAAUUCUGGGAGCUGACGUUGUUAUCGUUUUCACUGGUGACUCUGGCUGCAGCACUCUACAGCAUACACAUCUACCGUGUGCGAAAACAUCUCAUUCACUGGGAGAAGUUAUAUGUGCUUGUUCAAUGGUCUUUCUGGUCAUCUCAGAGAUCAGAUAGAAGUUAGAUAGGUUCUUAGGACCUGUACAAACGCCUCGUAACACAGUGUGGCAAUCAUUUGAAGGUAUGGGGAUGUAUUGUCGUGAGUUAGAACGACACAAACACAUAGCAAACUGAUGCAGGGAUUUUGCCAUGUAAACCUUAUUUCACUCUUAAGCUUCGACAGGUUUUACUCCUUCCUCUUGCAAACCUAUCAUAUUUGCGAGGCAUCAUGCAUUUUCGUUAUCAGUCAGACUUUUGGUCAUGUCAGCUUUUUAAUUCUAGCUAGACGAUCCAGAACUGCCCCAUACUUGUAAUAGUGAUCUGUAGACAUUUGCAAGCGUAUGGUGGCUUCCUUACUGUUCAAUACGGAUUGACCUUGCUUCCAAUUGUUAAGUUAUGGAUUAAUAGUUUCUGAAAAUAUUUGUAUAUAUGUUCUGUAACUUCAGUAAAGACAGGUAUCUUGAAUUGUUAAGUUUUGGUAAAUUGGUAGGAUUUGCUUG